CUUUGUACAUCAUGGCAGAUGUUCUUAAAUUUAUUCGCGAGUAUACCAUCGCGAAAAAGGAGAUAACUGAACAGGAGGGUCGAGUUAUCUUCGGAGAAUUCUCUUGGCCUAAAGAUGCUAAGACUAAUUACGGAAUCUGGGGAACCGGGAAAGACGCUGGAGAAUCCAAAGAAUACUAUCCAGUGGACUCAAUCUUAUUCCUCCUGAAACACAUCAAUCUUUCCCAUCCCAACUAUGUCCGACAUGCUGCAGCAGCAAAUGUUCCUGUUGUUCGUCGCCCAGACAGAAGAGGUCUUCUGGGCUACCUCAAAGGAGAGACAGCAACAUCGGCUAGUAUUGACAAAAGUGCUCCACUGGAGAUUGCUAUACAGAGACAGCCAACAACCAACAAACGCACCAUAGAUGAUAAUCAGAAUGAUCCGUCAAAGAAAGUUCGGUUUGAGGAGGAGCAAGUCAGACAAGACAAGGAGCGUCUUGCAGCCAGAUUGGAAGCUCCUAAGGAAGGCGCCGUGGUAACCACUGAUCAAAUCAGGUCCCUCUCAGACACUAUGUCUGUUGAAAAAAUUGCCGCCAUCAAGGCUAAGCUGCGAGCCAAAAAGCGAACAACUAUCAAAGUGGACGACGAUGACCUAGGCACAGGGAUUUUGGAACAGCGUAGUUUCAUCGACGCUGAAGUGGAUGUCACUAGAGAUAUUAUGAGUCGAGAGAGACUGUGGCGGACAAGAGCAUCAAUUCUACAGAGCACUGGCAAGGACUUCUCCAAGAACGUCUUUGCAAUCCUACAAUCAGUGAAGGCUCAAGAAGAUGGAAAACACACUAAACCCACCACACAGCAGAGAACAGAACAAACACCAGCUCAACAGCAGGAUCCAAGAAGAAAAGUGCAAACUCAGACACAGUAUAACCGUUACGAUCAAGAGAGAUUCAGAGGAAAAGAAGAAACUGAGGGCUUUAAAAUCGACACUAGUGGAACAUACCACGGUAUGACAUUGAAAUCUGUAACGGAAGGUGCUAGUGCACGGAAGGCACAGGCCCCAGUCCAACCUCCUCGCCAAGAGAUUGUAGCUCAACCUAAACCACAGACGCCCCAGAAGCGUGUAUCACGUACACCCAUCAUUAUCAUUCCAGCGGCUACUACUUCGCUUAUCACUCUCUACAAUACAAAGGAUAUCUUACAAGAUUUGAAAUUCUUCACAUCCGAGGAGAAGAAAGCUCAAGGUGCUCGUAAAGAAAACGACGUCCUCAUCCAACGAAGGAAAGAAGAUGGCAGCACAGUACCUUACAGAGUCAUGGACACCAUCAAUAAGCUCACACCACAAGACUGGGACCGUGUGGUAGCGGUAUUUGUACAGGGUCCUGCAUGGCAGUUCAAGGGCUGGCCUUGGCUCCUUUCAGAUGGAUCUCCAGUGGACAUCUUUGCAAGAAUCCGUGGUUUCCACAUCAAAUUCACGGAGAUGAAACUGGACCCCAAUGUUAAGAAAUGGAACCUUCAGGUUCUUGACAUCAGUCGUCAGAAGCGGCAUUUGGAUCGAGCCAGCCUGCUCAAGUUCUGGGAGAUUCUAGACAGGUACAUGGUCAAGCACAAGACGAAUCUCAGAUUUUAAGAGAGGGUGAUUUCUUCUAUACAAUGGAUGCUAUUACAUAAUACAACUGCAGGCGUGCUUUACAACUCUAGCUUUUAAAGUGUUUGUGGUCCUCGGCUCAAGUUCAGACCCCAUCCGCAUCUUUGAAGAGCCAUCAUAGUCAGAUCCCUUGUUGAUAUAAUAAGAAUCAUCAUUUGUUAUUGCUGUUGUACACAGGGAACUUGACCAACAUGGUGGUAGCAUGAUGAAGGUCUGUCUAUUUAUCCAAAGUGAGGCCGGGAGGGGAAAAAUAGUCUGAUCCCCAUUUUGUGUUUGAGAAUUAAGUUGGUAAACUGUAAGUAGGUAUACAGGGAAGGUGACCAAUAACUAAUUGAAUAACAGACCUUAGAAAACCACAGUAGAGUUUAAGUAACAUGUCAAAGUGUACAUAUUAAAUACAUUGUAAAUAUAAACAAAAGUAAAAGUGUAAGUUUUCACCAAUAAUACUAACAAUAUGACUGGCAGAAUUUUGCAUACGAUAGUAUUGCAUUAGAAGUGACAUUCAAAUGUCGGUAAUUAAUUAAAUUUACCAAAUAAAGAUUCAACUUGUAAAUUAGAGCGGAGAAUACCCAAGGAAGUGAGCUUACCUGACCAGCUUGUUGUUAAGAAUUGAUUUGUUCCUUUAUUUUCUUAUUUAAAAAGCUUUUGUAACGUACUUAACUUUGGACUUUGUUGAAUACACACUUGAAGUGAAAAGCAUAACAUUUAGUGUUGCCCUUAUGACUAACAUAUGAGGUCAAAGGUAAAAAAAAAACUGAUUUCUAAGUGAAGGAUUGUUAACUGGAAAGUAACAAUGUCAUUUCUUAGUGAAGGCUUGUUAACUGAAAAGUAACGACAGAGAAGUUAAUUUUCAGGAAGCAGCUCUAUAGAACCAUGCCCGCCAUUUUGACAUGACAGGUAGUGGUUAAUCAUUGUUUGUUGGGUGCAAAUUGAAUAGGCAAAGUGGCAGCGACGUAAAAAUGGGGAAAAUAAAUAAAUAAAUGAUUCUUUGAUUAAAUGAAGGAAAAAAUAUCAUAAAUAUUUUUAGUUUGAUUCUUUAUAUUGUAGGAAAUCUAAUAAAAUCAUGGUUUACAGGAUUUUUUUAUUUUUCCAGAUUCAUGUAAAUACUUUCCUUCCACUAAUAAUUGGGGAAAACAGUGUUUUUCUGGUGUACACAUGUAAGUAAAUAAACACAUUUCUGUACAGA